UUUCUGCCAAACGCGGAACGCUAUUGUCAAAUUUGACAACAUAAAAUUUUUGCUUGCGUAAAAAUACUACAUGCACUGUGUGGAGAAAAUACAAAGAAAAUGAAAUAAUAAGUGUUGUUUAACAAGAAAUGGACGACACUGAGAGUACAACCACAUCGGCUGACGAGAAUACUGGCAACUUGUGUGACAAUCCUACUAGGGAUACACUGGCCGAAGGUUUGCUGGGUUUGUUGAAGCCGACAGUGGACCAGCUCGACGAUAGAGUCAGAGCUACUAGGAUAUCACAACUUGAAUUGAAACAGCAAAUAGAAUCAUUAAAUGAAGAGCUCCAGAAAGUCCGGGAAGCAUUGAACAAUCAUCCGGACCUUGAUCCCUAUGUUAAGAAACUAAUUGCUUGCAAACACAAAGUUACUGUUGUAUUAAAUGUAUUACAAGCUUCACAGGAUAGAUUAAAUGAAAUCAGACGCAUGAUAACUAAAGAGAAAGGUGUACGCAUAGCAAUACAACAGGAACCUGCCCCAGAGCCUGAACAGGGUACCAGUGGGAUAGUCUCUGAUAAAGGGAGCAUAAACUAAUCAUGGAAACACCGUACCAAAACCACAUUGAUAAAGCUGAUUUUGACCAUGUUUAUGAACCGGCUGAAGAUAGUUUCCUUCUCAUAGAUGCUUUAGAGAAAGAUCUAGAUCAUUUAAAAGCUAAGAACCCGACAUUCUGCCUAGAGGUUGGAUCAGGAAGUGGUGUGAUUAUUACUGCUUUUGGAAUGGCAUUUCCGAAAACAUUCUGUGUCAGUACAGACAUCAAUUUCAAAGCUUGUGAAAUGUCCAAAGCAACAAGUAUUCAUAAUAAUGUUCAACUUGAUUCAGUGGCGAUGGACUUGGCUUGUAAUUUCGUUAAUCAUAUGUUUGAUGUUAUUAUUUUUAAUCCACCGUAUGUGGUUACGGAUUCAAAUGAAUGUGGCGCGAAUGACAUAACAGCUAGUUGGGCCGGUGGUUUAAAAGGCAGAGAGGUGACGGAUAGGUUUCUAGCUAUGAUACCAAAGAAGCUAGCACCUAAUGGAGUAUUCUACCUUUUGCUUAUCGAAGAUAACAUUCCAAAUGAAGUUGUUCAGAUUAUGUCUCGGUAUGGAUUUAAAUCAGAGACAGUUAUAAAAAGACGAGUGAAGAAUGAACAACAACUAGUGUUAAAGUUUUAUAUGUAAAGUUACUGUUUGUUUUAUAACAUUUAGCGUAAGUUUAAUUAAAUAUACUAUAUUUGCAAA